UAUGUACACCCCUUUCCAAUGCUACGAUGUGGGCAAGAUCAUUCUCUAGUUUUCUUGUACUAAAAAUACGCUUUUAUUUUUCUGGCCUUCAAACAAGGCUUCACAAACUAGGAAAGCUCUUGAGAAUAUGUCAUAGCAAAGGUAUGUUACCUUAAUAUAUGCUCCAUUUACUUUAGCAAUGCUUUAAACUUUAGAGAAGAAGACGUUUUAUCUCUCUUUUUCCUAAUUUUGCACAAUGCUUUCUAAAUAAUCAAAAACAUCUCCCUACGAUUGUGGGCACAGGCCUUAGACGAAGUGGAAGGAAGAGGACGUCUCAUAGGAUGAUUUUAUGAAAUUGAUUGGCUGUUGUUUUGUGAUAAUGCAGAUAUCAGGCACUCCCAAUCCUUAAAGUUAGUCUAAAACUUGUAUUGAAUUUUUACUAAUAUUUUUGAAUAGAUUCUCCUUGA